CCUGUGCAUCUGCACACUCAUUCGCACACACUCAGCCGUUUGCAUGUGCCUGUGCUUGUGCAUUUAUGAUUUCGGAAAAAGGCCUCGGAAAAGCAAGUCUCGAACAGCCUUUGUUUGUAAUGCUCGUUUUGCUGUCUCGCUGUUUCUGACAUUUCGAGUGGUUUUUCCCCCCAAACUCCUUUUCCCAUGCAUUAAAUAUUCAUCAUGGAAAAAGCCCCGGCAACUGGGUAAGGUGAAAAAAAAAUGGGCGAAGCCUCCUCCCAAAUACGUGCAAAUAUAUCCUCCACAUACAUAUAGAUAUGAAAAUAUAUAUCCAUAUAGGAGAUGUUUAUGGUAAUUUAUACCCCGGUGCGGAGAUUGAAAUUCAUGUAAAUAAAUUGCACCUGUAAAAAUAAUUAAAGUUGAAAUCGCUCGCUGGCUGGCUAAAAUAUGAACUCCACCUUUCACUUGCCAGUGCAUAAAUUUACCCGCUCACACACACACACAGCCAUUUAUAUCUGGGCUACGAUAUAUACGCUUGGGCUGGCUACUUGUUAUUUGUUAUAUAGUGGCAAGCAAAAAAAAAAAAAAAAAAAAAACAACUACAAAAAAUGUCGAAUAAAAUAAAAUGAAAUAAAAACCUUCAGCCAGACGAUGGAGCACUCCAAGUUGUGGGACCUUCGUUCCAAAGUGCGGGAACGUCGCUUCAAGUGGACUUCAGACGCCCAACAACAGUGUGAGUGCAAUAACAAGGACGAUCCACCAAAUUCACACCAAAAAUCAAAAAGCAAUAAUGAUGCUCGAAAUCUGAACAGCCGGGUCCGGGUCCCGGGUCCGGGUUGGGCCGGGAAAUUCGGACGGGAGGUUUCUACGAUUUCCUGUAUCAAAGGAUUGGACAGGAUCCGCGAGGAUUACUGCGAACUGUAUUGCGGCGGAUCUUGUGUAAACCAAACGUGCUUUUUGUCAGGCAAAAUUCUAACCACAGACGAUUAUACAAUGCAGUUGUAUUUUUCAAAAUUACAAAUCAUUUGGACCAACCCCAGUUUCCAACAAUGGAAUAUCUACAAUAUUUCGAAAGAACCCGAGUGUGAAAUGCUGAAAAUCACUGUGAUUGGGAUAACUAGUGCCCAAGAUGUUAGACUUCGGCCAGGUGUACAUUAUCUUGGCCUGCUUGGGAUAUCAGAAUUAUAUGAAUACGAAACUCACACUCCUUCCAUGAAGAUAUAUGAGAAUAAUCUAAGCUAUAGAGACGGACCAAGGACUCUCAACUUUAAAUAUUUGAGUGAAAGUGCGGAAAAUUCUCGAGUUACAAAUGACUAUAUAAGGGAAUGCAUGAAUAAUACGAAACUAAUCAAAAUGUUUGCUAGAACCUCGGAAAAACUGAAGCUCGUAAUUGAAGAUAAUAUUUUUGAGGGCAAGUCGCAAAUAUAUGAUAUAGCAUUUUCCGGAUUAAAAGUUGAGGGUUUGACAGAGAUAACCUUCCUUGACUUGACAAAUUUAACUAUGAUGGUAUUUUCCGAUGUGGUUUUGGACAAUUUUGAUUUUUUUAGAUCUGCCACACUUCGGGGAUCAUUAAAAUCUCUCACUAUGUAUAUUGAAAAUAAUGUGGAUAUGAAAUACUUUGACCAGUAUUCCAAACUGGAAAUAAUUGAUGUUUACGGUUUUAAGGAGUAUAAAAAUCUAACCGCAUUCAUUUGCCGGCCAAAUCAAAAUGAAUGUUACUUUACAAUGGGCACAAAUGGCAUUCCAUGUCCCCACAACUGUCUCUGCCAAUAUCUUCGGGCUGAAAAGGUGACCGAACUGAAUUGCUCGAAACAGAAUCGUUCAGUUAUCCCUGAACUACCUGUUCCUAGAAUAGGAGUACCAAUGUUUGUGUUUCUAGAGAACCAACUAACUGAACUUCCCUUAAACACAUUAGAGGGCUAUAAUAGUUUGAGAAGUAUGGAUGUCUCACAAAACCAAAUAACCAGUCUCACCAUUGACCGGCUGCCCAAGGCUCUUGACUAUCUGGAUAUAAGCUUUAAUCAGAUUACCACAAUGAGCCCAGAAGUUGUGGAUUAUAUCAGAAAGAUAACUACUUUUCAGCAAUAUGGCAACAAAUGGAUUGUAUACUGCGAUGAAAGUUACCUAAUUGAUUAUUUUUGGGAAAACUCAAAAUGGUUUAGGAUAAGGAGUGCCAAAUUUCACCUCAUUAUUGAGUUUAUGAAUAUAACAGCAAGCGCCUCGUACCUAAGCGAGUUCUUCGAACCAUAUCUUGAGACCUUUUACUUACAUGAAGACAACUUAAUACGUGAAUUGGGUGAUGAAAAUCUUUUCUAUACAUAUAAGCUGUUGGAAGAACUAAACAGUGCCAUUUAUCUGUUUGACGGCGAACAUGAUGAAUUCAUUCUACAUCAUCUUGAUGAAAAAUGCCCAUAUAGAUGCGUUUGUUGCUUGGAUCGCCAAACCGAUGAGUUCAUAAUAAACUGCACGAAUGCCUAUCUUGAAUUUUAUCCAAUUCUCCCGAACAUUCUUUUGUACAACACAACGCUAUAUCUGGAUAACAAUGAUAUUAGAAAACUUACUGAUUCUAAUACUAAUCUUAUCAUUCCGGGUCUGGCCUCCAUACAGAAACUGCAUUUGUCAAACAACAAGCUAUUCGAACUGCCACAUCACUUGCUUCCGGAGAACGUAACCUAUUUAGAUCUGCGAAACAAUCUAUUGACUUCUCUUGAUGAUGCAUCGGUGGCUUUCUUUAGAUAUCGUAAAGAAAUCACGGAAGUUCGCUUGUCGGGUAACCCAUGGGAACUUGACUGCAAGGCCAAGUCCUUUCUGAUAUUCCUCAGGGAACGCGAGCCCAAGGAAUACGAGGCAGUCCUUCGUCGUGUGAAUAUAACGCAGGAUGAGUGUCCUAAAGCGUGCAUUUGCUGUUUGGGCACCUCCAAAUCCGAAUCGUUAUCACUUAUCAUAGAUUGUAGUAACAAAGGUCUACGGGAGAUACCUCCACUACCCACGCCUACUAUUGGCAGCACAACUCUCAUCUUUGAUAGGAAUCUUCUCAAGGAAUGGCCCUCCAGCUCACUACCAGGAUACUCAAGUGUGUCACGAUUUUAUUUGGCCAACAACCGAUUGACCUCUAUCAACGAACUACCAACUAUUGUCGACUAUCUGGAUAUAAGUUAUAACAAUUUCUCAGCUUUAAGCAAUCGUGUACGAGAUUUUCUACAGAAGAGAAUGAAUUCUAACCGUAUAAAGUUGGUUCUCUCUGGAAACCCCUGGACUUGCAGUUGUGAGGAAAAGGAGUUCUUGGCCUUUGUAAAAGAGCAAGCCAAAAAUAUUGGCAAUGCAUCAGCAGUUCAGUGUAGCGAUACUGGCAAAUCACUGAUUGAAGUUGAAGAGAUUGACAUCUGUCCCUCUGUCCUUAUCUAUUAUACUUCCCUUGCCGUUUCCCUAUUGAUUAUAGCUCUGUCCAUUAACGUCUUUAUAUGCUUCAGGCAACCAAUUUUGAUCUGGUUUUAUGAACAUGAAAUAUGUCUGAGUCUGGCUGCCCGGCGAGAACUCGACCAGGACAAAAAAUUCGAUGCAUUUCUAUCAUUCACUCACAAGGACGAAGAGUUGAUUGAUGAGUUUGUGGAACGACUGGAGAAUGGCAAGCAUAAGUUCAAGCUUUGCUUCUACAUGCGAGAUUGGCUGGUGGGCGAGUCCAUACCCGAAUGCAUUAACCAAUCUGUCAAGGACUCCAGACGCAUUAUCAUCCUGAUGACGAAGAACUUUUUAAAGUCCACCUGGGGGCGACUCGAGUUCAGGCUGGCUCUUCAUGCCACCUCAAAGGAUCGAUGCAAGCGCCUCAUCGUGGUCCUCUAUCCGGAUGUGGAGAACUUCGAUGAUCUGGAUAGUGAACUGAGGGCUUAUAUGGUUUUGAAUACCUAUCUGGAUCGAAAUAAUCCCAACUUUUGGAACAAACUGAUCUAUUCGAUGCCACACCUUAUGCUGAGGCAACAGCUGCAGGGAAAUUCGUUAGAUAUUGAAAGAAAUAUAUAA